GCACUCGCAGAUGCACUGAAGUCCAACUGUACGAUCACCCACGUCAACCUCGAGGGCAACGACAUCCGGGACGAUGGCGUCAAGGCACUGGCAGAUGCCUUGAAGUCCAACUGUACGCUCACCCACGUCAACCUCGAUGUUUACAACAACAUCAGAGCCGAGGGCAGAGAGGCACUCGUUGAUGCCGUGGAGUCCAAUCGCACCGUCACCGUCAACCUCGGCUUCCCGCACGGGAUCAUAGGCAAGGGCGCCAAGGCACUGGCAGCUGCCUUGAAGUCCAACUGUACGGUCACCCACGUCGACCUCCGUGGCAACGAGAUCGGAGCUGAGGGCGCCAAGGCCAGGCG